AUGUUCAAGCUGUGCGAGGGUCCCACUUGCAGAGCCCUCAUUCGAAGCAAGGAGCCGCUGUGCGAGGCUUGCAAGAAGGUUGCGACCCUAGAGAAGAAGAUUCUCGCUACCGGAGCCAUGUGCCCGAACACGGAUAGUGCUGCUUCAAAGAAGGAUCUGAACUCUCCAAGCAGUAAGCUGCCAGAACCGGGUGACCAGACCGAAGUCGACAAGCCUAUGGGAAAGAGGUCUGACGCUGAGGUCAUAGCCCUACUCCGCCAAAAGAAAUCAAGCAAGCCUCCGCCGCCUAUGAUGAGAAUGAAACGACCAUCAAGCGUAUCAGAACCUGUGACCAGCCGAGGUUCUCUUGCAGACACAUCUCCCCUGGAGGGCUCAUCUGCCCACGACAAUCUCAGUGCUCAAGAACGAUCACUGGUAACCCGAAAGCCCACCGCAGACAUUGCACAACGUUCCGACGUGAACGAUAGAGCUGGAGGUACGGCUUUCAGAGCUUGCCAGUGUGGGGAGAAGCAUAAUCGAUGCCUACACGACUCGUCGGGGAAUCUCGACCGUGAUCUGUGCCAGCAAUAUCUUAGCGAGUUGAAAAUCAAGACAGCACAUUCUGGAGGGCGAUAUGGUACUGGCCGAACGUUAGCGGAAAUGGAAGAGAUUCGAAGUGCCGCUGGACAUCACGAACGGGUUGCUAGCGACGAAAACGACUGCUCAACGGAUUCAGAGGAUGAUAUCCCACUGGCACGAAGUAGCCGAAUACUAAACAAGGAGAAAGCCAGCAGCGCCGCUGUCGGCGCAACCCAUGAUCUCGGACCGCCCGUGAACGCCAAUUGCCUGAACCGGGAUGUCCACGGUCUACGACGUGAGCGUGACAGCAUCCAGGCCAGGCCAGCGGAGCAAAACGGCGACAUGCAUCUCAUAAGCGGGCUUGCCUCGCCGCCCGAAAGUGCGGCAGACAUGCAUGAUUUGAACGAACCACUUAAGCGUCCUUCGAUUGAUCUGGGUCCAGAGAAGGCGGCCAGCAGUCCUGGUGACACCGCCAGACAUGUACCGAAGUAUGCUUUCGUGACACAGGAGAAACUUGCGCCGUUCUCAAAGUCUCCAAGGCAGCGGCAUGUAUCUCGUGCGAUAGCACCCAUAAAGAUGGACGUCAGCCUCGACCACGACCUUGAUCGGAUCGUCAGCAGGCUCGCAAAAAAGGGGGUCAUAUUUGAAGAUGAAUCUUCGGAUGAUGAGAUGCAGGAUCUCCCACUAACAGACCAGAACGCUGUCAGCUUGCCGUGGCAGAGCAUAGCAAAGUCGAGCAAUCUCUAUGAUGUGGCUCCUAUGCUUCGUCCGAAUAAUGUCAAGGCGCAAGCCCCUGGUGUAAGUCCGGAUAAUCUGGCGAAUCCAAGGAGAGCAAAGAAGCAAGUUUGGGAGGACGCACAGCCCCAGGAUCAUGUCUUGCUCUACCAGCUGCGGAGGAACAGGCUCAAGUUCGGUCAGCAUCAUCCGCAUCGCAUCGUCGAACGAAAUGCGUCCGUGCGCACAGCCAUAACAACGCAACUAAGGACACUGCCAGACCGUGACAAAUUCGACCCGCCACUUCCGGUGAAGGUGCCGAUGAGCAUGGACGAGUACAUGGGACUGCCAAUUAAGCCUGUGAUUGAAGAGCACGGAGAUGGGCUUGCUUUCAGAGACAUGGACCGCGAGUCAGAUUUCACGAGGAAUGGUGCUCGGUCUCGAAGAGCUCGGGGCCUUGAUAAGCGGUGGCAUUUCCUGCACGAGUAG